GGUUAGUCCCGCCCUCCAGCUCACCGUCCGGGCUUCCAAGUGGUGGCCAUGACUGCGCGCGGGACGCCGAGCCGCUUUCUCGCUAGUGUCCUCCACAACGGGCUAGGUCGCUACGUGCAGCAGCUGCAGCGCCUCAGCCUCACCCUCAGUCGGGAUGCGCCCUCGUCCCGCGGCGCCAGGGAGUUCGUGGAACGCGAAGUGACCGACUUCGCCCGACGGAACCCAGGGGUCGUAAUAUACGUAAACCCGCGCCCGUGCGCCGUGCCCAGAAUAGUGGCUGAGUAUCUUAACGGUACUGUUCGUGAGGAAAACCUCAACAACAAGUCGGCGGAGGAGAUCACGUCGCUGGUGCAGAAGCUGGCCGACCAGUCCGGCUUGGAUGUGGUCCGCAUCCGCAAGCCCUUCCACACGGACAACCCUAGCAUCCAGGGCCAGUGGCAUCCCUUCACCAACAAACGGACAGCCCUGCACGGGCUGCAGCCCAGAGAACCCCAGGAUCCUGCUCCAGCUUCGGUACAAGCACAGUAAAGAACUAGGCUUUGGACCUUGAAAGGGAUGUGGUUCCGCUUUCAUAGUCCAAGCUCAGGCAAAUAGGUGGAGCCUGCUAGGAGGGGCGUGGCCUGGGAUAAAGAAGAGCUGUUUGCAUUGCCCACUGCUAGGUACCUUGUGAAUACCAUACUUCUGAUUCAGUUGCCCUUGCAUCCUGAGAUGUGAAAAAGCUUCCAAGUGUUGUACAGGGACUUUGAUUUCCGAUAUCCAAAUAAUAAUGAUUUCAAAACAGUGGAGGAUCUCGAGGCUGUCUUCUGAAGGACCCGUGAUGCCCUGCUGAUCUUGCAGUGGCCCCGG